AGCCUGGACUGGGUGAUCAAAAACGCCACCUACAGGGACAAUGUGUACAUGUACAGAGACGAGAAGAAUUUUGUUCGGUUAGGGGCUUUCGGCACUCCACCCACAGACCAACAAUGGAAAAGUGUCAAGACAGAGCGCGCCGCCGCAGCGAAUGUUGAGGAUUUUGACAACAGCUUAAAGAAGAGCAUCAGCAUGUUGACGACGGACCCCCUGGUGACCUACCCCACCAUCACGCUAGUCUGGGACCGGUUUAACCUGUAUUUCUCGCAGGUGAUACCACUUCUGUUUAACGCGGACAUCAUGAGAGACUACUACAGACAAGCACUGGAAGAGUUUAGAGCCGACAACGUCCAGUAUAUAGAGCUACGAAGUCUGUUGUCUGGGUUUACCGAGCUGGACGGUACCAUCCAUGACGCGGAGUUCGGCGCUGACCUGUACUACCAGGUGACGGAAGAGUUUGUCCGAGAGCACAGUGACGUCAGUGGUGCCAAGAUCAUCGUAUCAGGACUGAGAUACAGAACCGCGGGCGAAAUUUCCGAUCAGGUGAACACAACGCUAGCCUUAAGGAAGAAAUACCCGAACUUUGUAUCAGGCUAUGACCUGGUGGGUCAAGAAGACCCCAACCACCCCCUCUCCUUCUACAUGGAGUCGCUGCUAAGACCUAGAAACACGUUGCCCUAUUUCUUCCACGCGGCAGAAACCAACUGGCAAGACACGGAGGUUGACUACAACCUUAUCGACGCUCUCCUGCUGAACACGACCCGCAUCGGGCACGGCUACGGUCUCAUCAAACACCCCAAGGUGCUGGAGAUGGUCAAACAGAAGGGUAUAGCUGUGGAGAUUAACCCCAUCUCGAAUCAGAUCCUGGGGCUGGUCUCAGACUUAAGGAACCAUCCAAUGGCCAUCCUUGCCGCCAACGACUACCCAUUGGUCGUCAGCUCUGACGACCCCGCCACCUGGGAAGCGGCUCCACUGUCACAUGACUUCUUUGUGGCUUUUAUGGACAUGUCCGGCAGGGAUGCUGACCUCACCUUCCUCAAACAGUUGGCCUUGAACUCUUUCACGUACAGUUCUAUGAGCCAAACAGAAAAGGUCAAGGCCAAGGCCCUAUGGCAGACCAAAUGGGACACUUUUAUUGAGGACAGUAUAAGAAAAUGGGUACCCGAGGCACAGGCUACAGUAGGGUGAAGACAACGCCCCCUCCCCAUAUGUUCAGUUUUGUUUUUAUAAAUGUACUCAUUUUAAAAAAAUAAUCAUUCAAUAAACUUUAUCUCUGCCUAA